AUGUAUAAAUCUGUAAUCCAUGUAGCUCUGGACUGUCCUGAGCUCCUCUCCUGUCCUCUACCACUCUGUCCUGACCUAUGCCCUGCCCCCGUGACUACUUCCCCAGCCUUGAAGGCCCCACUUGAAGCUGACAACACUACCCUCCUCACACGGGUCUCCCCAUCCACGCAGAGUCCUACACCAGAGAAUGCAACAGAUGUGCAUGGAAAAGACGACAAGGAAGAAAUAAGGAAGGCAGACGAAGAUGACAAAAACUAUUCGCCUAACAAAACAACAGAAGGCAGCAGCAGCACAAAGGCACCUGCGGCAACCUUGGCUGGCGUGUCAGGGAGCGUGACGAAGGACGCUGGAGUUCGCAGUACUACAGAUUCUGCAGUGAAGACCACCACCAAAAAGCCAGAAACAGAUAGCUCGUCCUGGGGUUAUGUGAUCCUAGCGUUCAUCAUCCUGGUGAUCAUCGUUCUGUGUAUCAUCCUCUACUUUCUCAGAAGAGUCUCCAGGACAUACUCAUUUGACCUCCAGCGUCAGGAUCCCAUCAUCAAUCAAUUCAAUGAACCCACAGGCACCUUCGAACCAGUCUACCUGGAUGAUCUAGAUCGACCAGCCCCUAAAGAUCUAGUGACCACCAAUGACCCUUCACCUCCACCAGCAGCAAAUGGCACAAGUGUACAGUUGGAGGAAAAGGGCUCGAAUGGAGAGAACGCUCCACAGGAACAGCCAGAUGCAAACGGUCUGGAGACGUCGCCCUCCAGUGACACCAGCCCCACGUUGGACGAUGACACAGCUGACAAGACAUCCAAUCCACCGGGCAGUAUAGACCUGAUGUUCGAUGGCUUUAGGGAGCCGCCACAGAACGAAAACAACAACAACCCAUCGGUUUGCUCCAGUGACCCAUUUGUUGAAAUAAACCUGGACGAGCCGCCAUGGUGCGAUCAGCUCCUCAGCUCUCCUGAAGCCACCUCCUCUGUCCUCCCCUUCUCUCCUUUCUCCUUUUCCUCCUCCUCCUCUUCUUAGCACCUUCAAUGAUAACCACAAUAUCAGCAUGGAGGCAGAGACCGUGUCUGUUAAACACAAGGAUAUAAACAGAUUGAACUGAAUUAUUUGUCAGUGAACAGCAUAUAAACAACCCACCAACUAUAAAUGCAAAGCUAGCUUGAACCAUUUUGCUGUGGUUUGUUUACAUGUGUUGUCAAUCUCAGUUUUGAAAUAAGCAUCAGUUAAAUAGGAGUCAGCCCAGUUAACCUGCUAGCUAACUAGCUGUUAGCUAGCUGUUAGCUAACUAGCUGUUAGCUAGCUAACUAGCAGGUUAACAAACCUGGGUGACUCUGUGGUUUUUGAUACAUCAAAACACAUAUUCCCUGUUAUCAAUAUGGAUGGAUUUGAGGAGAAAAGGCACCAGGGCACAGACAGAAGUUUCUUUUUGGUUGUUUUAUGUUUCUAUCACUUUCAAACAAGAAAUAUUAAUAUGUCAUAUGUCAUACAGAGGCUCAGGCCCUCUGACCCCUUGAGCUCCGGGCCUGUGCCGGUUUGAUAAUCCAUCCAUGGUUUGCGAUAGUCUUUUUUAAAUUAAUGAGGAGAUGUGUAUUGAUGGAGCACUAUUAUCAGUCUGAAUGCAGGCUUAAGCUCUGUUUCUCAAACUAUAAAAAUUCAUUGCUAGCAGGCUAUAAUAAAUAACGAUCAAAUAGGUGUUACAGUUGCUGUAAAUAUGUUUUCUAUAGGUUAUGAAUGCCUCUGUAUAUAGUAGAAGCUGAUAUGCUUCACUGCCUUAUUGUUUUAAUUUGCAAUAUUUUCAUUUACACUUUCGAUACAUUUCAUUGCUAUCAUUUUGCCUUGGAUCAAACUGACCACUAUGUAACUUUAGAAAUAACAACUACUGUACAAAGUU